UGGUGUUCUUCAUCAUGCUUCCCGCCAUGUUUGGCCUUUCUCUGGGGGUCACUGGAGUCUACAUCCAGAUUCUGGUUAAAAAUACUUGAGUGGGCCACAAUACGCAUCCAGAAGGGACGGCAGGAGCAGCCCAGCGUACCGGUCCCUCUGCAUACAGGGAUCAUAGAACGAGCCCGGGGCUCCAUGGAGGAGCAAAUGGGCCAGCUCCGGUGCCCUCGGCCCCCAGCAGCAGGGGAGUUCUGUUUAAGUGACGCUAUGUACUUCUGCAAGAAAGGUCUGGAGAGCAUUGUGGAUGACCAGGUGACGCAGCGAUUUUCCUCGGAGGAGUUGGCCUCUUGGAACCUCCUGACCCGCACCAACCAGAACUUCUACUACAUCAGCCUCCGCCUCACCAUCAUCUGGGGGCUCGGAGUCUUUGUCCGAUACUGCAUCCUCUUCCCCCUCAGGAUUACUCUGGCCAUUAUUGGUCUCUCGUGGCUUGUGAUUGGAACAACUCUGGUUGGAUUUCUGCCUGAGAGCAGUGCAAAGAAGUGGCUGAGUGAGCUGGUCCACCUAACCUGCUACAGGAUCUGUGCCAGAGGACUUUCUGCUACCAUCCACUACCACAACAAAGAGAACAGACCUCAGAAAGGAGGAAUCUGUGUUGCAAAUCACACCACACCAAUUGAUGUGGUGAUUCUGGCCAAUGACGGUUGUUAUGCCAUGGUGGGGCAGAUUCAUGGAGGUCUGAUGGGUGUCCUUCAGAGGUCCAUGGUGAGGUCCUGCCCCCAUGUGUGGUUUGAGAGGUCAGAGAUGAAAGACCGGCACACUGUGACCAGCAGGCUCAGAGAUCAUGUCGCUGCAAAGACGAAACUUCCCAUCCUCAUAUUUCCUGAAGGAACAUGUGUGAACAACACCUCUGUCAUGAUGUUCAAAAAGGGAAGCUUCGAAAUUGGAGGAACAAUUUAUCCAGUUGCUAUUAAGUAUGACCCUCGGUUUGGAGAUGCUUUCUGGAACAGCAGCAAAUACAACAUGGUUAGUUACCUACUGCGCAUGAUGACCAGCUGGGCCAUAGUUGUCAAUGUCUGGUAUCUCCCUCCCAUGACCAUACAGGAUGGUGAGGACGCAGCACAGUUUGCCAACAGGGUGAAAUCAGCCAUUGCUCAUCAGGGAGGACUGCUGGACCUGGCAUGGGAUGGAGGACUGAAGAGAGGGAAGGUGAAGGAUUCCUUUAAAGAGGAACAGCAGAAGAUGUACAGCAACAUCAUAGUGGGACAAAAUGGCAUCGGCCACCCUGAAAAAUGUAGUCAGACCAAAGAGGAUCAAUAAUCAUCUUCCUGUGAGGAACAUGUGAUCAGCUUUCUGCUUGGAAAUUGAUGAAGUAUCAGACACACCAGCAGGGAGGUUCCUACAGGGAGGGCUUCACCUCAUGAGUUUUUACAUUCAACCAAUCUAUUUUCAUUACGCGUGUGUGUGUGUGUGUGUGUGUGUGUGUGUGUGUGUGUGUGUGUGUGUGUGUGUGUGUG